GUGUUAAAGCUUGACCUGAAAUCUGUUGCUCCCUCUGUGUCAGGACCUAAACGUCCUCACGAUCGUGUUGACUUGUCAUCACUGCAUGAAGAUUUCAAAAAUGGCCUAACUGCUAAGAUCUCCUUCAAAGCCGUAGAACUUGGACUGGAAUCUCAACCGUUUACGAAAACUUCUCUUUCGCCUGGGUCUGGGGUUGUGACCAAGUACCUUGAAGUUUCUGGUCUUCUUCCCUUCCUUCAGCAGCUUGGUUUCCACAUUGCCGGAUAUGGUUGUAUGACAUGCAUCGGAAAUUCUGGCCCGCUUGACGAAGAGGUUGCUAAAGCCAUUGAAGAGAAUAACCUCGUCGUCGCUGGAGUACUCUCCGGCAACCGAAACUUCGAGGGUCGUAUUCAUCCACAUGUUCGAGCCAAUUACCUCGCAAGUCCUCCUCUUGCAGUUGUCUACUCCAUACUUGAAAUGUGA